AUGGGUAAACUCAUCAAGAACCAUUGGGCACGCCUCAUCGUCCUCACUGCCGCUGCAUAUCAAGUCAUGGCAGGUGUUGAAGGCUUUUUCUGGCCCAAGAUCCUAUGGGACUUCCUCACCAAGAACCUCGACAAGGCCGUCAAACCAUUCCCGGCAUUACAAAUCCUCAACGUCAUCUUUGGCAUAUUGAUAUUCGCUUGGGAGUGGCCUGUGAAGCCAGUCGUCUCGAUGCUUCCUGGCCUCCACCGAAGUAUGGAAGCAAGAUUAGUGUUGUUCCCGGUGGCAGCCUUGGCCGCAGCUUUGCUAUACCAAGCGACGAACGCUGCUUUGUAUUAUGUUAUUGGAGUUAUCGUUUAUUUUUGGGCAUACUCGGAGGGCGAGACCGUCUGUGCAGAACCUUGGACUGUUCCCAAGAGAGGUGGUGCCAGACCCGGCAAAGUAUAG